GCCGCACCCGUUUGCCCUGCGAGGUGAAGCACACACAGGUGGCGGCUGGAACGUGGGGAGCGCGUUCCUGCAGCCCUGCGGUCAGCGCGAUCUCACAAGAGCCAGUGUGGGAUCCCCGCAGCGCCCCAUCCGAGCGCUGGCCGCGAGCCUCGCACGGGAACGCGGACCGCGCGCGGUGGAGAGCCGGGACGUGGAUUAGCGCCCGCAGCAGCCUCCCGCGCGCGCCGAGGCGCUAAAGGGCUUACCCAGGAGGGGGGUGCGAGGGCGGGGAGAGGCUGCCCGUUAAAUACCGCUCCCCGCCGACUCCGGGCUCACCCAGCUCGCCGCCACCGUCGCCAGACCGUGCCCGGGAGGAGGGGGCGUUCCCCGCGCCAUGGCAUCAACGGAAGGUGCCAACAAUAUGCCCAAGCAGGUGGAAGUUCGCAUGCACGAUAGCCACCUCAGCUCUGAGGAGCCCAAGCACAGAAACCUGGGUCUGCGCAUGUGCGACAAGCUGGGAAAGAACCUCCUGCUCUCACUGACGGUGUUUGGUGUUAUCCUGGGGGCGGUAUGUGGCGGGCUGCUUCGUUUGGCAUCUCCCAUCCACCCUGAUGUGGUCAUGUUGAUAGCCUUCCCAGGGGACAUACUCAUGAGGAUGCUGAAGAUGCUCAUCCUCCCUCUCAUCAUCUCCAGUUUAAUCACAGGGCUGUCAGGCCUGGAUGCUAAAGCCAGUGGCCGCCUUGGCACAAGAGCCAUGGUGUAUUACAUGUCCACAACCAUCAUUGCUGCUGUGCUGGGGGUCAUCCUGGUGUUGGCCAUUCACCCAGGCAAUCCCAAACUCAAGAAGCAGCUGGGGCCUGGGAAGAAAAAUGACGAGGUGUCUAGCCUGGAUGCCUUCCUGGAUCUCAUUAGAAAUCUCUUCCCGGAGAACCUGGUGCAGGCCUGUUUCCAACAGAUUCAGACAGUGACAAAGAAAGUCCUGGUGGCACCUCAGGCGGAGGAGACCAACACAACCAAGGCGGUCAUCUCCAUGUUGAAUGAGACCAUGAACGAGGUCCCUGAAGAAACCAAGAUUGUUAUAAAGAAGGGCCUGGAGUUCAAAGACGGGAUGAAUGUCUUAGGUCUCAUAGGGUUCUUCAUUGCUUUUGGCAUUGCCAUGGGGAAGAUGGGCGAGCAGGCCAAACUGAUGGUGGAGUUCUUCAACAUCCUGAAUGAGAUCGUAAUGAAGUUAGUGAUCAUGAUUAUGUGGUACUCCCCACUGGGUAUUGCCUGCCUGAUCUGUGGGAAGAUCAUUGCCAUCAAGGACUUAGAAGUGGUUGCUAGGCAACUGGGAAUGUACAUGAUCACAGUGAUCGUGGGCCUCAUCAUCCACGGAGGCAUCUUUCUCCCCUUGAUUUACUUUGUAGUGACCAGGAAAAAUCCAUUCUCCUUUUUUGCUGGUAUUUUCCAAGCCUGGAUCACCGCCCUGGGAACAGCUUCCAGUGCUGGAACUUUGCCUGUUACCUUCCGCUGCUUGGAAGACAAUCUAGGGAUUGAUAAGCGUGUGACGAGGUUUGUCCUUCCGGUUGGAGCAACCAUUAACAUGGAUGGUACAGCCCUUUACGAAGCCGUGGCCGCCAUCUUCAUAGCCCAAAUGAAUGGUGUCAUCCUGGAUGGAGGGCAGAUUGUGACUGUAAGCCUCACAGCCACCCUGGCGAGCAUUGGUGCAGCCAGUAUUCCCAGCGCCGGAUUGGUCACCAUGCUCCUCAUUCUAACAGCCGUGGGCCUGCCGACAGAGGAUAUCAGUCUGCUGGUGGCGGUGGACUGGCUCUUGGACAGGAUGAGAACUUCAGUCAAUGUUGUGGGCGAUUCUUUUGGGGCUGGGAUCGUCUAUCAUCUCUCCAAGUCUGAGCUAGAUACUAUUGACUCCCAACACCGAAUGCAUGAAGACAUUGAAAUGACCAAGACGCAGUCCAUUUAUGACGACACGAAGAACCAUAGGGAAAGCAACUCUAAUCAGUGUGUCUAUGCUGCACACAACUCUGUCAUAAUAGAUGAGAGCAAGGUAACUCUGGCGGCCAAUGGGAAGUCAGCUGACUGCAGCGUUGACGAAGAGCCUUGGAAACGUGAAAAAUAAUGACCUGACUCUCAGCCAAUUCUUGAAUAAACUCCCCCAGCAUAUCUUAUGGUAAAAGAUGCUCUAAACAGGCUUCCUUUACAAAAGGAAAAAUCCACAUGUUUCGAUGUUUACUUAAUCUGUUAGCUGAGGCUUAGAGGAGCUGUUGUACACCCAUGAUGACAGGCACCGUGCUGUGUCUUUGCCAAAUAAUGCUUCAUAACGGUCUAAUUUUCUUA